AUGAACCAACAACAACAACAACAACAACAACCCAUUUACUAUUCAUCCUCUAAUCACCUUCUAGAACCUUGUUCAUCAAACGACGCCGUUUUCACCUACUGGAAGUGGCGUGACCAAACCGAAGCCGAGGCAGAGGCCGAGGCCGAGGAAGGUGUCACUCCUCCAAUUCUGAAUUGUUGGAGGGCUUGCAGUGAUUGCGGGAACAGAGCCAAGAAAGAGUGUAGGUUUAAGAGGUGCAGGACUUGUUGCCGUGCACGUGCCUUCCCUUGCUCUACUCACGUGAGGAGCACGUGGGUCCCCGUCGCUUGUCGGAGGAAGCGUCGUCAUGAUCCUUCUUCUUCUUCUUCUUCCAUCUCAUCUUUUUCUCAUUCCAAGAGGCCAACCUUGUAUGAUUCGCACACCACUACUUCCAUUUCCAACACUCUCACGACUUUCACCAAUCAAGAUGCAACUUUGAAGCAGUCAUUGCCAAGUAAAGUCCAUGCUCCAGCGAUUUUCCGGUGUCAUAGAGUAACAGCCAUUAGCGACGGUGAGGUUGAGGUUGCAUAUCAGGUUGCUGUGAGAAUCUGUGGCCAUGUCUUCAAGGGGUUUUUGUAUGAUCAAGGAGUUGAUGAGAAGAAUGGAGAUUACUCUACUUCUUCAUCACCUAUUGUGGCUCUGUCCACACCCAAUCCGAGCUCCCCAAGCUGA